AUGAAGUAAUAUGAAUGGGACUUGAAAUGUAUAUCCACCAGAAGUGCACAAAAGUAAAUUAGUGAAAAUUGGUUUCGCACUCCCAAAGCCACCCACAGAACUUAAACACUUCAAUCAGACAACAAGAUUCAAAGUAGAAAAACACUUGAAACUAAAUUAACAACACAACCAUGUACAUCCUUCAAAGAAGAAUUCUAAAAAAUAUCAUCCAAAAUUGGAAGUUUUGUUACUCCCACAAGUGAAUUCCAGUCUCCUAUGCAAUAAAUUUACGAACAUCAAGUUUAAGAGUUGAAGACUAUUGAUAUGCAGAAUGAAAACGUUUCUUUGUAAUAAGAAAAUUUGACUCUCAAAUAACAGGUGCAAAUUCAGAAGGACUAAAUUAAACAUAAGGAUAUGGUUAUUAAGAAAUUAAACUUCACCAUCUAAUAAUUAACAUCUUACAACCAAUAAUUGAAAUUAUCUUUAGGUUCAGAUACUGAUUUAGCAAAGCAAAAAGCACAGAUUAAAAUGUUAGAGAAUGAAUUGGCUGAUAAAACUAAUUAGAUUUAACAAUUCUCUAAAAUUUAAGAUGAAAUCAAAUCUUUAGAAGACUUUUAUGUUAAAAUGUUAUCCAAAAUGAAAUCUGAUUUACUAUUUCAAAAUAGGGAAUUGUUAAAAUUGCUUAAUCAUGUCCAAUGCAUGAGUCAAAUUGCUAUUCUCAGUUUGCAACAUGAAGAACUUCCAAUAGAUCUCUUAUUCAAAUACAAAUAGUAUGGAUUGUUUGAAGAAGAGCAGUAAAUAAAUCAGAAAGUAGAAGUCUUUGAAUUGACCAAAGAAAAUGGAAACUUAUUAUCGAAAAUAUUGGAUGACAUCAAGAAAACCUUUGAAAAGAUAUCUUAUCAUCUUGUUGAAGGAUUUUCAUUAUUGACCAAACAUUGA